CUUCCUCUUCGUCUCCAACAAACUGUUCCAUCGUAUAAUAGAAGUAGUUUUUCUCUGGCUUGGGUCCAAGAAUUCUAAUCAAGCCAUGAGCCCUGCAAAGUUCAAUGGAGAUCUUCAUCAGGAUUCAAGGAGGGUGGAGAUCAACGGCCAACGUCCAUCUCCGUUGAAGGUCAACAAGGGUUCCCAUCUCAUUCACAAGGCAUCUUCGACAUCUUCAAUGUCAAUUAGCUCCUCCGUGUCUUGCGUUGCACCAAUGGCAAGGCAGCAACAACGGCAACCUGUCAUUAUAUAUACUCAUUCUCCAAAGAUUAUCCACACACAGGCUCGAGAUUUCAUGGCUCUAGUUCAGAAGCUCACGGGUGUUUCGUCGACGUCACGGUCUGGUUACGGGAUCGAUGUAAACAAGACUACACAGCCGCCAACUUAUAAGGAAGGAAAUGAACCUAACGUGAUGCCAGUUAGCCAUGAUGAUAAUGAGUCAACUACUUCGGCUCUUACCGAUGAGAAUUCCGGUGGUGGCGCUGAUUUCAAGGCAGGCUCAACCUCCAAUAAUAUGUCGUCGAUCCAAAACCAAAUGAAUCAAUAUUUUUCUGAUAUGCCUUUGUUCACUCCAAAUACGACCAAAUUCUUCUGCUCUCCUCGGCCUGUUUUUAGAUAUCCUGAUUCGGGGUACGUGUCGCCAAAUUUCUCUAACUCCAUGUCACCUUCUGUUUUCGAGUUUAUGAAGGAGCUUCCAGAAUAUUGAUAAGAUUCCGUAGUGUUUUGGGGAAUGAAUCAUUGCAGGGGAUCGAUAGUGACCAGUUUGUCUUCAUGUUUGUCCAUAUAUAUGUUUGAUUUGCUUAGUGUUUGAUUGUCUUUGUCAUUUAUGUUUAUGAUAUCUCUCUAUUGAAAUAGUACUUAGAAACAAAGCAGCAGCAAA